AAAUAGUAUCUUCAUUGGUUUACUGUCACCCUGUAAUCCGUUUUAUUUUAUUUCGAAGAAAAAUAACGAAUCAUUGUAGUAUAAUGUUAGCAUCUGUCUUAUUUUUCCUGUUUUAUGUUCUUAAACCACCUGGGCUAACAUGCACAACGUGACAAUUUUUGUCAUAGUCAUUUUAUCGAUUUUGACAAUAUUACGUCGUUUUCUUGAUUGGUGCUAACAUGGCGAACCAAAAAGUCAUGUCAUUCUGUUAAAAUACAACAACGUGAAAAAUUACAGUAUUACAGUCUUUUAGCUUGAGUUAGUGUGGAUUUGACAAAGGACUCAAUACGAAAAGUAAAAAUGUUGCCAAAUAUAAACAUUUUCUUUUUCCAAAAAGGUUGCUUUGGUCUCUCGACGUGAUGUAAACAAUUAUCGUGACUGAGACCAGCUUGUCAAGGGCCUUUGGCGGCUCAAUAGUAACUCUGACCAGGAUUAAUGGAGGGAAGAGAAGAAGACCUGUCUAAUCACAAUUCAGCGGGACUGUCCACCUUAAUAGGAAUGGUUCAUGUUUGCGAUUAAGUAUUGCAACACCUUAUCAUGACAGAAGGAAGCCAUAGUCCUGAUCUCAAGUGCCAUACUAUAAAUAAAUGAGAGGUCAUUGACCGGUGUAGGUGCCAGUAAAAAUGUUAAAACUAUUAUUUUGUUUUGAUAUUGUAAUAUUGUAUUAAUGUUGUGUACUGUUUAGAUAAGAAUUGAGAGAAUAUUUCGCAUACAUUACCUUAAGACCGGUUGGAAGUUUAUAAUAACAGGAAUAUUAAAAAACAAGGUAUUUACGUUGAUGAUUUAUCAGUCGACUUUCCUCAUCGCGUCAGACACAGACGUGUAUAUUGUACAGUUUGAGUGUUCAAAAACAUUUGCUUCUUUAAGUUGCAAAAUAUUGUAAAGUGACACAAAUGUGGAUCAAAUAUACGUUUACAGUGUUUGUGACGUCCGUUGUGUUUGCGUACGAAGAAUUCCAAGAUAUUAGGAUCGAAGAUGAAUUUUACGGCGCUAGAACCAAGUAUCGAAACAUAUUUAAGAGUAACGAUGGUUUAAUAAAAAUUGAAGAAACGUCACCUAGAACUUUAUCUCUAUCGUGUUUUGGACCCCUUAAAAUAGAAAAUGUUAUAAAACCUUUUAAGACCAUGGUGUCUUUUAAGCAAGUGGCAAUAAGAGAGUGUGCCAUCCCGCCAACACCGAUUGUACAAUUAUUACAAAAACUAAACAUUAAUGUUACUGCCAUCGAAAUGUUUAUAUUGACUGCAACAAACAUACGACCUUUACCGCCUGGAAACUAUACAGAAGGUUUAAACAUCCGAACUAUAUGGGUCCACGAAGAAUUUACAGACCCUCCUAAAAAGUACCUAAAAGAUAAUAUUGACUUUCUGAAGCCGCUAACAAACUUGACUGCACUCAUUAUAUGGGGCCCUGAAGUGCCCCCAAUACCAAAAACGACCCGAUUAAAAGUCAUAUCUUUGCAAAAGAACGCGGUGUUAAAGAGUUGGGGAAAUUGUGAAGACCUCGGAGAAAUUAGCAUAUACGACUCAGAACCAGGGAGCGUACCAAAUGAUUGGCCAAAAAAUUGUGGAAGGCUAACAUCAAUACGACUGAAAGCGGCUGCUUAUGGGACAGUACAAGCUCUGGAAACUAGUGGCAUUGACUCUGGAUGUGCAAAUCUUCGAUCUGUGUCCAUGAUAUACUGCAAUUUGGACAUUUUGCCGAGAAAAAUACUCGAAGCUGUUACAAAAUUAGAUCGCUUAAUUUUAUCUGGCAACCAUUUAGCUGACAACUCAUUGUUACAUUUCCCUCGUCUAGAAAAUUUAACAGUAUUGGAUUUAUCAAAGAACCAGUUAACCGGUUGGAUUUUAUUUGAUUUAGUACAACAAGUACCUUCACUGCGUCAUUUAAAUCUAGAUGGCAAUAAGUUUUUUAAUCUAUUUUGCAACUAUGAAACGAAAAUCAGUUCUUUUGCGUCAUAUCUUCCGAAACUUGAAGAGCUAUCAUUGAAUAAAAUGGCCAUCCAUCCGGACUGCUUCGAGAGGGCUCAUUUUACGAAUCUCCAGAAAUUGAAUUUAUUUUCCACAGAAGAAAUUAAAGAAAUGACGAUAGAUAAAUUACCCAAGACUAAUGCAACACACUUGGAAGUGGAUUUACGUGGUCAUCUAAUGAAAACAGUAAAAUUUGAAGGCAAUGAGAACACCUGGAUUAAUAGAACACACAAUUGGGACACAGACGAUGGCGUUAUUAAAACUAAACUUACGUUAUUAAUGAGUGAAAUAGACUGUAAUUGUGAAAACUACUGGUUUGCUCUGGCUGUACGUGAGCAGCAUAACCUAGUAUCAGUCCCGGGGCUCAAAUGUCAAAAAUCAAAACGAGAUUUCACGCAAGAACCUAUACAAACCAUGGAUUGUACGAAGCUUGAACACGAUUCUUGUGUUAUUGUACUUACAGAAGUGGAAAGUAAACCAUACCUCGGUAGAAGAAAUGCGACUGUAGAUUGUCAUAACUCCAACAAAAUGCAAUUUGGGUAUCCAAGACCGUAUAGAUUUCGAACCAAAAUUGUCAGUGUAAACCUUACUGACAAUGAAAUUACUUCACUGGAAAGUUUCGAAUUCCCGAACACGAUUCAAUGGAUAGAUCUGCGAAGAAACAGUUUGUCUCGUUUGACUUCAAAUGACACGAACAAACUUUUUGCUUAUCCUCACACGCGAGUUUGGUUGAGUCGAAAUCUGUUCGUCUGUGACUGCGACAACAGGCCAAUGCUUGAUGCACUUCAUGAGCAUCAUCAUCAGAUAGUGGAUUUCAAUGAGCUGAUAUGUAUAGAGAGCGGAAUUCCACUAAGCUCGGUAACGUCGUACGAAGUAUGCCAAGACCAACUGCGCAUCGCGCUGUCUGUUGGUGGAUCGCUAGGAGCACUAACAUUGGUAACGCUACUGCUGCUUUGGCGAUAUCGACUGCCACUGAAGAUAUACCUUUACUCCCGUGGCAUGUGUUUGUUCUGCAUUCGAGAAGAGGAAAUCGAUUCAGACAAACCGUUCGACGCGUUCCUUUCCUUCGCCCAAGGGGAUAUUGACUACGUCACACAGAAGCUACUGCCGAAGUUGGAGGGUGAACCCAACUUAUAUAACUUGUGCGUGCACUACAGAGACUGGGUUGUUGGGGACUGGAUCCCGGCACAGAUCAUGCGUUCAGUGAGCCUCUCCAAGCGCACGAUCAUUCUGCUGUCGCGCAACUUCGUCGCGUCGAUGUGGGCGUCUUUAGAGUUUAGAUAUGCGUUAGCUAGUGCAACAAAGGAGGGUCGCACGAGGUUGAUAGUGAUUGUCCUAGACGAUGUGCUCUCUGAACCUUUAGAGGGUGAACUGCAUACAUACGUCACAUUUAACACCUACUUGAGCUGUGACGAUCCUUUCUUCUGGGAUAAGUUGCGUUAUGCGAUGCCGCAUCGCAAGCAUUCACCUAAAUACCAAGUGACCACAGGAGUUAGUCAUGAAAAUAUCGAAAUGUGAAGUUGUAUUUUGAUGUUCCUUGUAUUCUAAGACUGCAAGAUAAUAUGUAAUAUGAAUGAAUAUGAAUAGUUUUAUAUUGUUUCGAAAUGAAUUUUAACAUUGGAUAUUUUUUUCAAGACUGCUAAUAUUAAUUUAAUAUUUUUGAGAAAUAAAGUUAUUAUAUUUUUAUUGUCGAUUUUAGGGUGGCGUUUCAUCGCAGCCAAAGUUUAGUAAUUAGAAAUAUGAAAUAGCACUUCUAAUACAUUUUACCGAUUAAUCCUAUAGAUGUCUGUAUUAUUUUCCCGAAAAGCCUGUCGCUUCCAAUCGAAUCAAAAAGAUGGACGUACUUACGUUCUCACUCAAUGCGAGUACCGGCGUACCGUUUCUCUUACCUGAAAAGGAAAUAAAAUGCCAUUAGUACAUUCAAUCUGCUACAAGGAAAAUGUUAGUCGUAAGAGAUAAAGAACACUGAGUCGAGUUUCUUUUUGUCUAACAUUAAGAAUAUUACUUCAAUAAAAUAAAAAAUAAACAGUGUGUGUAUAGGCUCUUUAUGUUGUGUAUGUACAAUCAAAGGGCUUACAUAUCGCCAAGCGAACGCCUCUUCUUCAUUAAAGAUAAAAAAGAACAUAACUUGAAUAAAAAAAAUAAAAAUAGUACAAUCAACCAAGUCGCCAAGGGACUAAAGAGUCUUCUUCAAUAAAGAUGAAAAAAAAAAAAAAUAUUACGAUAAAUCAAAUAGCAAUACGUUCCAUUUAUAAACAUAGGGAAAAUCAUGGAAUCCAUCCGUAUGUUCUUUG